AUGCCGUGGUAUACUAAGCCUGAUACUCUGAAUUCUACUUUCAAAUUUAAUUUGAAAGUAUUUGUGCUAAUGUUUAUUGGUGGAUCAUUUGAAUUCGUUGGGAAUCAAUUUCUUACCAAUGGCUUUUAGAGCGCACAAUUAGUUGGUAUAAACCAAGGUAUUGUUUCUGCACUUGUCAGUUCCAAUACUUUCUAUAUACUGGUAGCAUCACUUAUUUUAUUUCGUGAAAAAAUUAUACCACUUCAAUUGAUUGGCUUAGUAUUAAUAGUGAUUGCUGUUUCGAUUGUGACUAUUUUCAAUAGAAGCGAAGGUAAUGAAGAAGAUUAAAGUUUAGCUUCAAAUGAUAACUCGCCAAUCGAUUAACCAAAUAAUUAAUUCACUGGAAUAAUUGCUCUCUUGAGUGGAUUGCUUGCUGGUAUCCUUUUUGGUUCUCAACUACUCCUUCUUAAAUUCCUAAUGAAAAUGAAAGUUUCAGAUAGUUUUUCAAUAGGCUUUUCAUUUUUGCUAUUUGGCUCAUUCUAUGGUAUAUCAUGCCUAUUCUACCUAAUGAUUUUCGAUUUUGAAGUUUUUGCCACAUUCACUCUUGCUAAUUACUUAAGUUCCUUGACAUCUGGCAUUUUUUUGGGACUAGGAAUUGUAUGUAUUAACGUAGCUUGCAAUUUAGGAAAUCCAGGAAUUUGCAAUUCAAUUAUGAGCACCCAAUGUAUUCUGUUAACUUUGUGUAACUAUAUAUUUUUCGACUAGAAUCUUAACUGGAUGCAAGGGUUAGGUGUACUGAUAUGUGUUAUAGGAGUAGUUUUAGUUUCUAUAGCUAAUUCAAUUUAAUGUUGA